GCGACUCUCCCUCCAAAUCCUCCCAAUUCGAUCCGUUCUUACCUGCAAAAUUUGAUUUUGAUGCGAGCAACGAAUGCUUCGUGCGACAUGGAGCCGAUCGAUUCGCUAUUUUGAUGAAUGAUUUGCGUUCGGAUGCAGUGAAGAACCCUAGCGGGGCGACGCGGUGAAGGUUUUCUAGGGAAAAAUCUGGACCAGGAUUGCACGAUGUCGACGAUUUCUUCGCCUCCGUUCGUGAUCUCUUUGCUCCUGUUGAUGUCGAUUCCGUUGGUGUUGGUUUUGGCUCCAUGGGUGUUGCCGCCAAAGACGAUGCCGAGCAUUCCUGAUUUGGACGAGGCCGAGGACCUCGCGCUCUUCCGCCGCGCUGCUGUGCCCUACUUCGCCGGCAGCGGCGGAGCUCGGUUUCUGCGCCGCCCGACGUCGGAGCCCAAGAUCGCGUUUUUAUUUCUAACCAAUACCGACCUCGCUUUCGCACCGCUGUGGGAGCGGUUCUUCCGCGGGCACGAGCGGCUGUUCAACGUGUACGUCCACGCCGACCCUGCCACCCGCUUUAUCCUCCCGCCGACUCCUUCUUUCCGGGGGCGCUUCAUAAAUGCCAAGUCAACCCAGCGCGCCUCCCCGAUGCUCAUCUCCGCCUCGCGACGUCUCCUCGCCACCGCCCUCAUUGACGACCCUGCCAACGCCUUCUUCGCCCUCCUCUCCGAGCGCUGCGUUCCCCUCCAUUCCUUCAGAUUCACCUACCGCACCCUUGGAGGGUACCUCCACCUCCCCCGCCAACGGAGCUACAUUCAGGUGGUCUCCGACGAGCCUGGCCUGUGGAAGCGGUACGUGGCCCGCGGCGACGACGUGAUGAUGCCCGAGGUGCCGUUCGUCCGCUUCCGCUACGGGUCGCAGUUCUUCGUCCUCACUAGGCGGCACGCCAUGCUUACGGUGCGCGACCGUCGGCUCUGGAAAAAGUUCAAGCUUCCGUGCUUAAGGUCGAGGAACCAUUCCUGCUACCCGGAGGAACACUACUUCCCUACUCUCCUCGACAUGCUCGAUCCCGCAGGUUGCUCUCGCUACACCUUAACUAGCGUAAACUGGACCGACAGCGUAGACGGCCACCCGCACACGUACAGGCCGCCGGAGAUUUCCGCCACUCUCAUCAAGGAGCUAAGAAAGUCCAACUCAACUUACUCCCACCUCUUUGGGCGGAAGUUCUCACCAGAUUCCCUCGACAUCUUGCUCGAGCUUGCGGAUGGAGUGAUCUUUCGUGAUUAGUAGGGACCCCGUUCUUGAUCGAAGAGUUGGUGAGGAAGACUUUUGUUUCAAGUUGAACGUUUGAGGAACAAUUGAUGGCAACUGGCUUAAUCUACUUAAGGCAAAUGGAAAAAGAGAAGAAACAAAGGUUCCAAUGUACACUGCACUUUUCCUCUUUGAAGAAGAAAACAAUGAGUCAUUGUAAGCAAUUUAAGAUUAGUGACUUAAAAAAGAUUGUGAGUUUGUGAAAAUUGUCGAAGAUAAAGGGAUUUUUUUUUUCUUACCAAUUCGAUAAU